AUAAACAGUGCCAUAUCGCGCAUGUUCCACGGAGCAACCUGGCCCGUGCUCCAAGGUGUGAUUAUGGCUGACAAUCUUGCUGAGCUACCAUGUAAUAUGUAUCAUUGUAUCCUCCUUAGUUGACCGUGGCGAGGGUAUGAUAAUGAACUAUCGACCUCUCUGCCGUCGCUGCUACUGUGCUAUCCCUGCUGUUGGCCAUCCACUCCGCAGGUACAUCCUCUUCUCUUGUGUCCUGCCCGGUUCUUGCAACAUCCAGUUUAAAGUUCCAUCCUUCAGGUCCAUCUCUGCCCCAGAAAGCGUCUCCACUUCCAGGCACAGCAGGACAGAUUCUGUACAAGAGCUGGUUAGGGUCCCUCACUAGGUGUCACCUUGCCUUACCCGGCAUACUACUAUUGCUAUCACCGGCUGUACCGCUGCUGCUACUGCUACGGCGCCCUUGUUCCUCAUCUUAUAAUUCCCGGUCAUUCUCUCUGUCUUCUGUGAAUUCUUGUCUCAACCUCACUGAUGCUCCGACUGUUCAUAUAAUCCCCUGACCACAUGCUGCUACGUACAGCAAUCCCUUGUUGACCCUGAUCUUCCCAAGUGUGGACAACUUCACACAUCCUUCCUCCCCCGUGUCCCUGUCCUAACCCUCUCGCUCUCCCAGGGACCAUGUCAACAAUCCUGGUCAAGAUCCUCCACCGGAUCCAUGAACUAUUCGAUGAUGUCGUGGCUGCCAUCGACUCUAUCCUGCUAUUCCCCUCGAUCUUUCAAAACCGCAACCGAAGACGACGCACACGUCUCUCUCAGGAAACUGCCAGCCUCAAUGACUUUGGCAAUGAGGUCCACCGUCUCUUCCUAUCAUCACUGACCACUGGAAAUAUGGCUUCCAUGUCGGAGAAGAUACGCGAGCAAUUCAGGUCCUGCCUCGAAUCUAGCCCCGUCUGCAUGCUCCCCUCGUACACCCACGCGCUGCCAUCCGGCUCAGAAAAUGGAACUUAUCUCGCCCUGGACGUUGGAGGGUCCACCUUCCGCGUGGCCUUAAUCCGCCUGCAUGGGAGGGAGAAGGCAAUGGAUAUCCUACACGUCUCAUCCUCGCCUAUCGAUAGCCACGUUAGAUCGCUAGAAGGCACACUCUUCUUCGACUGGAUGGCAGAGAAGAUCGAAGCUACACUGCGGGAGGCUGGUGAUGAUCAUGGUCGGGGUGACGAGCCGCUUGCCAUGGGCCUGUCAUGGUCGUUCCCCAUUGACCAGACAUCUGUUCGCAGUGGACGUGUAAUUCACAUGGGCAAGGGAUUCCUCUGUUCGAACGGAACUCUGGGACAAGACCUAGGCGACCUGAUUAUGAAGGCCUGUCAAAAGCGCAAUCUCAACAUUCAGGUGGAGGCGAUUGUAAAUGACAGCUCUGCUACGCUUCUCUCCCAAGCGUAUACGAACCCAGAUACACGCAUGUCCCUCAUCCUAGGAACUGGAACCAAUGUCGCCAUCCAUUUCCCCGUGCAUGGUAUCGGAGCAGGGAAGUUCGGUGUCAGACCUCAGGAUUGGUUCAACCGCGCUACCCACGUAGUCGUUAAUAGCGAGAUGAGCAUGUUUGGCGGUGGAAUUUUGCCAAUGACUCGAUGGGACGACCAUAUUAAUCGCACGCAUUUGCGGCCUAAUUACCAACCCCUCGAGUACAUGACGACCGGUCAGUAUCUAGGCGAGAUUGUCAGGCUCAUCAUUGUAGAAGCGGUUGAUAAGGCACACCUUUUCGGGGGAGAAUUACCUCACUCUAUGCGCGAACCUUAUUCUCUGGAUACUAGCGUUCUUGCCUUCAUCGAGGCAGAUACCUCGCCGUCGCUAUCCUCUUCGGCUGCUUUCCUGCAGAAAGAGCAUAUAUUCGCCCGUUCGCCUUCUCUGGAAGAUUUGCAGUUCCUCCAACGAAUCUCCCGGAUAGUUUCGAGACGGGCAGCAGGCUAUUUGGCGACGUCGAUCCAUAGCAUGUGGUGCCUGCGCAAUGACGUCGAGUUCCCAGCCACCUGCACAUCUGUCUCGUCCGUCAAAGAUGCGAAGGAGGUUACCGUUGUUGAGAGUGAACGGCAAUCCAGGAAUCUUUCGAUUGCAUGCGACGGCAGUGUCAUCAACAAGUACCCUGGAUUCAAGGACCGUUGCCAAGCUUACCUUGACCAGCUCACCAAGGAAAUUGAUUCGACCCUAUCAUCCCAAGAUUCAACGGUGAGCUCUCGCAUCCGCCUCGAACUUGCACCAGAGAGCGGUAUUCUAGGAGCAGCAGUUGCCGUUGCUGUUGCAGUAGCGGAAAAGCAAUCGGAAAUUGCUGUCAUUCCGGUUCCCUGAUAUCUUCGAUUCUGUUCUCUUUCGGUGAACCUUCUCUUCUUGGCCUACUUGAUUCUAUUCUACCGCUUCUUUGCAUUAAACGGCGUUUUCCCAUUCCCGAUCUGAUUCGAGAACAAAAGGUUUUGCAUCUUUCGAGGUCCAGGCGGCUGUUUCAAACGGAUUUAUUUUCGUUCCCUUGCAUCCUUUCCGUUCAAGUUUCCCAUCAUGCAGAGGUUUGCACGGCCAUUUCUGUGCUUUUCACUAGGCGUUUCAUGUUGUUAUCUGGAUAUACAUAAAGAUGAUUGAUUCAUGGGUUUCAAAUAGCGGAGCAUUUUGUCACGUUAGCAUAGCGACCAACUGUCUCAAUGAAUCGGACAACUAUGGAAGAUAGUUAUGUAAUUAGGCACAGUUGACGUAUUUAAUUAUCCU